AUGCCUCCCAAAGCGCAGCCUGCUCAAUUUGAGCACCCGGCCUCCUCUCAUGCCAAGAAAAAGCGCAAGGGCCCCCAUCCCAUCGAGCCCAUUACGGCCUUCUACAUCUUCCUGGUGGCGGGCAUGGUCGCCGCCCUGUUCGCGCCAAUUCAGGACUGCGAUGAGACGUUCAAUUAUUGGGAGCCCGCCCACUAUCUGUCCCACGGCUACGGCCUGCAGACGUGGGAGUACUCGCCCGAGUUUGCUAUCCGCAGCUGGCUGUACAUAGCUCUCCAUGCCGUCGUCGGCAACGCGCGCCGGCUGCUCCCGCAGUCCAGCAAGGUUGCCGAGUUCUACUUUGUUCGAUAUGGGCUCGCCUUUGUCUGCGCGCUGUGCCAGACAAUGCUGUUCAAAGUCAUCAGCCUCACCCUCAACGGCAGGAUAGCCAUCUUCUUUCUGAUUGCGACUGUCACAAGCCCCGGCAACUUCCACGCCAGCGCCGCCUUCUUGCCAUCAAGCUUUGCCAUGUACAUGUGUAUGCUCGGGACCGCGGCUUUCAUGAACUGGCGCGGCGGGCUCAAGACGUCGCAGGGCAUUUUUUGGUUUGCCAUGGGUGGUGUUUUAGGAUGGCCAUUCGCAGCGGCCUUGUGUGCGCCUUACAUCCUCGAAGAGAUCGUCUUCACUUUUGUCAGCGAUAAAACGGCGUUCAUCGAAUCGCUGAUUCGACUUGUCCGCGGCGUCAUCUCUGGGCUCAUCAUCGUGUUUUUCGAUUUCUUGAUCAAUCUCUUUUUCUAUAAGAAGAUUGCCGUCGUAUCUUGGAAUAUUGUCAAGUACAAUAUCUUUUCCUCGACGGGCGGACCCGAUCUCUAUGGCACAGAACCGUGGACCUUUUACUUCAAGAAUUUGGCGCUCAACUUCAACAUCUGGUUUGUGCUGGCAUUGCUGGCACUACCGCUAUUUUUAUUGCAAAAGCUCAUUGCCCCGUCUGGACAUGGCUUCCAAAUUGGUCUGCGGACGGUGGUUUUCGUUGCCCCGUUCUACAUGUGGCUUGCCAUCUUCACCGCACAGCCGCACAAGGAAGAGAGGUUUAUGUACCCGGUGUAUCCGUUUCUCGCACUGAACGCAUCGAUGUCGCUGCACAUACUGCUUACAGCUAUCGGAAGUACCGACCCGGAAACCCUCAUGGGAAAGAUCCCAGCUCGCCUCAAGCUGUUGGCUGUCAGUCUCGUCGUGUUCCUCUCAGUGGACAUUAGCUUGUCGAGAAUAUACGGCAUUUACUCGGCAUAUAACGCGCCACUGAGCAUUUACAAACCCUUGUGGGGUGACGGCAGCGAUGGGGCCGGCGGCGUCGGCGGGCAGGACGACUUGGUUUGCUUCGGCAAAGAAUGGUACCGCUUCCCCUCGUCGUACUUUCUGCCGCGCGACAUGCACGCCAAAUUUGUGCGAUCCGAGUUCCGCGGUCUAUUGCCGGGCGAGUUCUCCGAGGCAAAGACGGGCUUCGGCUUCUGGAGCGGCACGUGGCUCCCCACGAGCGGCCUCAAUGACCGCAACGAGGAGGACCUGGGCAAGUAUGUUGAUCUACGGGCGUGCUCCUUUCUUGUGGACACACAAUAUCCGGAGCGCAAGGAGCCGCUGCCGCCAAACGAGCCCGACUACGUCGCGGACACGGAGAACUGGGAGGUGAUCAAAUGCGAGCCCUUUCUCGACGCGGCCAAGACGCCUCUCCUGGCGAGGAUGGUAUGGUUGCCUGAUGUGCCGGCUAUGCCAGACAAGUUUCGCAGAAGAUGGGGCCGCCACUGCCUGCUUCACCGAAGAAGCAAGUGA